AUGCAAGACAUCGCCUUCCUGUCUGGUGGCCGGGGAAAGGAUGAUGCUUGGAUCAUUACGUUUCCAGAAAAUUGUAAUUUCAAAUGCAUACCAGAAGAAGUUAUAGCAAAAGUAUUGACUUACUUGACAUUUAUUGCAAGGCAAAAUGGAUCUGACUCCCGAUUUACCAUUAUUCUUGAUCGAAGAUUGGAUACCUGGUCUUCUCUCAAAAUAUCUCUCCAAAAAAUCUCAUCUUCAUUCCCUGGGAACUUGCACUUGGUUUUGGUCCUUCGUCCCACCAGUUUUCUCCAACGAACUUUCACAGACAUUGGAUUUCGAUUUAGUCAGGAAGAGUUCAUGCUCAAAUUACCGGUUGUUAUGCUGAGCUCAGUUAGUGAUUUGCUGACAUACAUUGAUGACAAGCAGUUAACCACUGAGUUAGGCGGCACCUUGCAGUACAGCCACAGUGAAUGGAUCACCUUCAGAAAUGCUAUAGAAAAUUUUGCCCUCACAGUGAAAGAUACGGCUCAGAUGUUACAGUCCUUUGGAACUGAACUGGCUGAGACAGAACUACCAGGUGACAUUCCUGGAAUAGAAGAAAUUCUUGCAAUUCGUGCUGAAAGGUACCACCUGUUAAAGAAGGAUAUCACAGCUGUAACCAAAGAAGGAAAAAUUCUGCUAACAAAUCUGGAAUUGCCUGAUGCUGAGGGUGCUGUGAGUUCAAAACUUGAAAAUCAUCAGCAGACUAGUGGUGACUGGCAAACUAUUAAUAAAUUGCUGACUCAAGUACAUGAUAUGGAAAUAGCUUUUGAUGGAUUUUGGGAAAAACACCAGCUAAAAAUGGAGCAGUAUUUGCAACUCUGGAAGUUUGAGCAGGAUUUUCAAGAGCUCAUGAGUGAAGCUGAACUUAUACUAAACCAACAAGCGGAGUUGGCAGAUGUAACAGGGACUAUAGCUCAAGUGAAACAAAAAAUUAAAAAGUUGGAAAACUUGGAUGAAAAUUCUCAGGACCUGUUAGCAAAGGCCCGGUUCGUAAUAAUACAUGGACACAGGCUUGCAGCAAGUCACCAUUAUGCCCUGGAUUUGAUCUGUCAGAGGUGCAGUGAACUACGUUACCUUUCUGAUAUUUUGGUAAAUGAGAUUAGAAACAAACGGAUACAGCUCAACAGGACCUUUAAAAUGCAUAAACUCCUACAACAGGCUCGCCAGUGCUGUGAUGAAGGAGAGUGCCUUCUGGCUAAUCAAGAAAUAGACAAGUUUCAGUCUAAAGAAGAUGCUCAGAAAGCUCUCCAAGACAUUGAAAAUUUUCUUGAAAUGGCUCUACCCUUUAUAAAUUAUGAUCCUGAAACCCUACAGUAUGAAUUUGAUAUAAUUCUAUCUCCUGAACUCAAGGUUCAAAUGCAGACCAUCCAACUCAAGCUUGAAAACAUCCGAAGUAUUUUUCAGAACCAACAGGCCGGUUUCAGAAACCUGACAGAUAAACAUGUGAGGCCGAUUCCAUUUGUAGUACCUGCUUCUGACAAUUUGGUCAGAUCUAGAGCACCAUUUUUUUCACCUACACAAGUGGGAGUUGGAUAUUCUUUCUUUCAAGCAUGUAAACUUUUUUCAAAAGGGAAGAAGACUUGGAGACAAAAUCAGAGCAACACAGAAACUGAAGCAGUGUAUGAUUGUCAAGAGAAGAGAAGUUCUGUUCAGUCCUCCAAUUUGGACAAUGACAAUAGCUUGGAUAUUUUAAAGAACCACGUCCUAAAUGAGCUGAUACAGACCGAGAGGGCAUAUGUUAGGGAACUGUUUACUGUUUUGUUGGGCUAUAGAGCGGAGAUGGACAAUCCAGAGAUGUUUGUUCUUAUGCCACCUCUCCUGAGAAGUAAAAGGGAUGUUCUCUUUGGAAACAUGGCAGAAAUAUAUGAAUUCCAUAACAACAUUUUCAUGAGCAGUCUGGAAAAUUGUGUUGAUGCUCCAGAAAGAGUGGGACCUUGUUUCCUGGAAAGGAAAGAUGAUUUUCAAAUGUAUGCGAAGUAUUGUCAGAAUAAGCCCAGGUCAGAGGCAAUUUGGAAGAAGUAUUCAGAAUGUGCCUUUUUCCAGGAAUGUCAAAGAAAAUUAAAACACAGACUUGGUCUAGAUUCCUAUUUACUGAAACCAGUGCAACGUAUCACUAAAUACCAGUUACUAUUGAAGGAGCUAUUAAAAUAUAGCAAAGACUGUGUCGGAUCUGUAGAAUUAAAGGAGGCACUUGACACAAUGCUGGAUUUACUGAAGUCAGUUAAUGACUUAAUGCAUCAGACUGCAAUAAAUGGCUAUAUCGGAAACUUAAAUGAGCUGGGUAAGAUGAUAAUGCAGGGUGCGUUCAGUGUUUGGAUUGGACACAAGAAAGGUACUACAAAGAUGAAGGAUUUUGCUAGAUUCAAACCAAUGCAGCGGCACCUUUUCCUGUACGAAAAAGCCAUCAUAUUUUGUAAAAGGCGUGUUGAAAGUGGAGAAGGUGGUGAUCGAUACCCAUCAUACAGUUUUAAGCACUGUUUGAAAAUGGAUGAACUUGGAAUCACUGAAUACGUAAAAGGAGACAACCGCAAGUUUGAAAUCUGGAAUGCUGGAAAGGAAGAAGUUUAUAUUGUCCAGGCUUCGAAUAUAGAUAUGAAGAUGAUGUGGUUAAAAGAAAUCAGAAAUAUUUUGUUGAAGCAACAGGAACUUUUGACAGUUAAGAAACGGGAACAGCAUAAUCAGUUAACAGAGAAGACUCAUCUCUCUUCUCAGCAGAAUGACGAAGGGCAACAGGGAGCUUUUAUAGGCACUGAGGAACCUGAGUUGGAACAUAUUAGCACUAUGGUGAAGGUCGGUGAGUCCAUCACAUCAAUUCAGGCAGAAGCAAAUACAGUUUGGACUGAGAUGUCAUCACCUGCAAAAGUCUCUGAUGAACCUGAGAAAUGGUCCAGUAACUAUUUCUACUCCUCUUAUGAUGGCCAUGAAGAAGAAAGACCUCUAAUGAAGCCUGAGUCAGAGAUGGCUGUCCUGUUUUAA